AUGCAGGAGAAAACAGCAGUUCUACUCAUUGACCCUCUCAAUGAUUUUCUGCAUCCUGAAGGAAAGCUCUUCCCUGCUCUCAAGGAGAGCAUCGAUGCCACCGGCACAGUAGACAACCUCCAGAAGUUCGUCAAAGUUGCCCGGAGCAAGGAAAUUCCCAUCUUGUACUGCCAGCACAAGCUAUAUGAAGAAGGCCAAUUCGAACACUGGAAUCACAUGUCCAAGAGUCAUUACUCUAUCCAGCAAUCGAAGGCUUUUGAAGCAGGAAGCUUCGGAGCAGAGAUCCACAAGGGACUUGAGCCGGAUCGAAGCAAUGGUGAUGCAAUUGUGUCACGUCACUGGAACAGCAGCUCUUUUGCUAAUACCGAUCUUGACUAUCACCUUCGUCAGCGAGAUAUCACGCACGUUGUCUGCGCUGGAAUGGUCGCCAACACCUGUCUGGAAGCCACGGCCCGUUGGGCUGUCGAAAUGGGAUAUCAUGUCACAAUUAUAAGCGAUGCAACUGCCGGGUUUUCCACCCAGUUGAAAGAUGCCGCCGUAAACAUCAUCUGGCCUACUAUUGUGGACGAGGUGCUGAGCUUGGAUGCGUGGUCUGAGAAGCUGAACAAGACAGCCUAA